CUGUGUCGUCCAACCUGAAAGGAGUGGACUACAGACGCGCCAUGGCCCAAGGUCUUGAAUCCCGGCCGACUGUGGAGGACUUCCGUGAGGAUAGUCAGUGGGUGAAGCUGGCCAAGGCUAACUGGCUGGAUACUUCAAAAGUCCGCAAGGUCAAGCAGGAUACCAUCAAGAAAGACUUAUGGGAUCCUCUGGAAGCCGACGGCUUCAAUCUGCGGUCUCUGCUGACGUUAGAAAACUUGAAUGUGUUGGAGAAGUUUCUUUGGCCAGCCUACACGGAGGAUGCCUCCAAUUACCAUGUGCUCUUGAUCGCCUUGAUUGUAAGCGUCAAGCAGCGCGAGCAUCUGCCAAUAUGGGACAUAUUUUCCGAUCGACCGGACGAAUUCUCGAAUCUUUUCCAUCGAGUUCUCUCCAUGAGCAUCGACGGCUCACUGCCUAACUUCUCGCGCUUGUCAAUUGUUUCCUUUAUAAUCAGCGCCUUUCAAUCCCUUGAGAACGUCCUCAUUCGGAAGGAAUGCGCUCCAUUGGUGUCCAUCUCAAUAUGGCAUAAUCUUUCUAGUGAAGAAUCCAGGGAACGUAUCCUGGGGAAAGCAGCGACGGCUAGGAAAGCUUGGAGAGCUGCUGCAAAACGGUACGACGCAGCAAAUGAACCAACCAAGGCGAAGAUGAGAUUCGAACGGGCAUGGCUAUACACAAUGCUUCAGGACUUUCUACGGAGAUUGAACGGCCCUGGGAAAGAUCAGGCGGAAAAUGUGCGGUAUUGCGAACGGUUUCUUGAACUGCUCGUCGACUUGAAUAGUCAACUACCUACGAGGCGCUAUGUCAACACGCUGUUGAAAGAUCUCAAUAUUCUCUCUAUUAUCCGCCUAUCACAGCUAUAUCGCAGCGUGGAAAAUACCCUCUUCCGGGAUUUUUACAAUCUCCUGAAACAUUUCAUUAACUUCUCGAUUGAUGACUAUUCGGGCCAAGCUCUCUCUCCGCAGGCGGUUUACGAGAUUCAUUGUCAAGAACUGGCACAGCUGCAAAGGACUUCCAUGAAGUAUUUUAAAGAUAAACUUAUGAUUCUGGCAUUAUCGAAUUACGGCUCUAUUGAACAGCGCUCGGAGCUUGAAGGGCAAUUGUCUUCCUUGGACGACUUAGAACUGCAGAGUUUGUGUUCACAUCUCGGCUUCAGGACUACAUAUCCGAAACAAUCCCAGAUCGUUCCGGAUCGGCAAUUGUAUCUGGAAAUCCUUCUAUCUUUUUACGAACGAAAACUGUCGUUCCAAGAGGUUGCUUCACAACUGAACGUUACACCGACAGAAGAAGACCUUUAUGAUCCUGCUUUGCUGCGGAAUGAGACAUAUGAUGGGUCGAGACCAUUGGCCAUUCCUAAGUUGAACCUCCAAUAUCUAAGCAUUGGAGAUUUUCUCUGGCGCUCUUUUUUGCUAUACCGUUCCGAGGCCUUUUACCAAAUCCGUAAGGAUAUGGAAUUGAUCGUCAAACGAAUGCAGCCUCGCGCAACCAGGGAUGGUGCUGGCCUGAUCUUCGAUGGUUUCUCUCGGAUGGCCAUUCCGAUCUCCAAGCCUGCCAUUGUCGAAGUUGCACCGCCGAAGGUCGGGUCAACAAGGCCGGCUUUUGUCAGGGCAGAAAUAGCGAUAGAAGUUGGCCGGUUGGCAGACCAUAUACGCCGAGAAUGGGAGUCACUUCGUCCUGACGAUGUUAUCUUUCUCCUGGCUAUGCAGCCCGGUACUACGCCAAAAUUUGGGAUACGAGAUAAGUCUUCUCCGGAGGGACCACGCCUCACUCACGUCAGGACGGCCGAAAUAGUGCAAGUCCUUGAUGAGCAAGGUCGGCCCUUGCGCGAACCUCCGUCAGGUACAGUGAAUGGUCACACUUCGAGGCCACGUCUGAGGAGAUUGCUGGUCAAUCUAGAUCCGGCUGCAUUCAAGGCAGACAAAGAUCGCACUUCCCAAGGCAAGCAAGAUAUCUAUCCGUUGCUUAAUGUAGUCGCGAGAAGAAAAGGAAGGGAGAAUAACUUCAAGUCUAUCCUUGAGACAAUACAAAGACUCAUCGUCUCUGAUAUUACUCUUCCAUCUUGGCUUCAAGACAUUUUCCUUGGGUACGGAGACCCGGCAGGGGCGCGUUAUACAGAACUACCGAACCGCCUGAAAACAGUCGACUUUCGAGAUACCUUUUUAGAUUGGCAGCAUCUGGUGGAAAGCUUUCCCGGCCUAACUAUCGUACCUUCGGGAAGUGCAACUUCAAGCUUCGGACCCCCAUAUGUCCUCGAAUACCUUGAAGAGGCAUCAAAGCCGCCUCCAGCAAACCCGUCCAAAAAAAGACGGCGAGAACACCCAGACAAGACUGAAUCGACACCUAGUUCACUCCAUGUGUCGACAUACAAACCUCCGAAUCCCGGUCCCUACCCAGUGGAUGCCCCUAAACUCAAUACAGUCCGUUUCACUCCGGCUCAAGUGGAAGCAAUCGCAUCUGGCACGCAACCUGGGCUGACUGUAAUCGUUGGCCCUCCAGGCACUGGAAAAACAGACGUGGUAACACAAAUUAUCAACAAUAUAUACCACAAUUUUCCCAACGAACGAACCCUACUCAUUGCGCAUAGUAAUCAAGCCCUCAAUCAGCUUUUCCAGAAGAUCGUUGCACUUGAUAUUGACGAACGCCACCUUUUGCGGCUUGGUCACGGUGAAGAGGAACUAGAGACUGAGUCAAGCUACAGCAAAUAUGGUCGAGUUGAAUCUUUCCUGGAUAACCGUGCCUACUUCCUAGCAGAGGUCUCGCGACUAGCAGCAUCGAUUGGUGCACAAGGCGCACACGGGAACUCAUGUGAAACCGCUGGAUAUUUCAAUACGGUCUAUAUCCAGCCAGGCUGGGCCAAAUUCUGGGACCUGGCGCGCUCCGAAAGCACAUCGAAAGAAGAUAUAAUCUCUGCCUUCCCAUUUCUUUCGUACUUCUCAAAUGCGCCCCAGCCUUUGUUCGAUCCAGAGUCGUCGAAAGACGUUGUUCUAGAUGUGGCGGCUGGCUGUCAACGACAUAUCGACAAAUUAUUUUCUGAAUUGGAGGACAUCCGUCCGUUUGAGAUCCUGAGAAUGCCCCGAGAUAAAGCAAAUUACCUCCUCGUGAAAGAGGCCAGAAUAAUCGCAAUGACGUCCACGCACGCCGCAAUGCGUCGUCAAGAGAUUGCUAGCCUUGGCUUCCAUUACGAUAAUGUUGUUAUGGAAGAGGCUGCGCAGAUCACGGAAAUAGAAAGCUUCGUUCCUAGUGCGCUUCAGAAUAUGAAGAACGGGGAGUUGCCGUUGAAACGUGUUGUGCUCUGCGGCGAUCAUCUUCAGAACUCCCCUAUCAUCCAGAAUCAUGCCUUCCGCCAAUAUGCCCACUUUGAGCAGAGUCUUUUCCUUCGCCUGGUCAGGCUGGGUGUCCCUACCAUCACUCUAGAUCAACAGGGACGUGCAAGACCUAGCAUAGCAGACCUCUUCCGAUGGCGUUACAAGCAGCUGGGAGAUCUACCAAUCGUGGAAACAGCCCAGCAAUUCAAGUACGCCAACGCUGGGUUCCAAUUCGAAUACCAGUUCAUCAACGUCCCUGACUAUCAGGGCACAGGUGAAAGGGAGCCCAGUCCUCAUUUUAUACAGAACCUGGGUGAGGCGGAGUAUGCUGUUGCCAUAUACCAAUACAUGCGACUUCUAGGCUACCCGGCGUCGAAGAUAACCAUACUCGCCGCCUAUACGGGACAGACAGCUCUGAUCAAAGACGUCUUAAACCAUCGUUGUGCGAAGAAUGCCUUGUUUGGUAUGCCAAAGAUUGUGACUACCGUGGACAAGUAUCAGGGUGAACAGAACGAUUAUGUCAUCGUUUCACUCACGCGCACUCGCACAGUCGGCUAUCUGCGCGAUGUUCGUCGUCUUACGGUUGCUCUAUCUCGUGCCCGUCUUGGUUUAUAUAUACUUGGCCGUCGCGAGGUCUUCGAGUCGUGUUACGAACUCAAGCCAGCAUUUGAUACGCUUCUCCAACGCCCAGACAAGCUUAUACUCGCUCCAGGCGAGAUGUUCCCUACCACCCGUUCACUAGAAAGCGAAAUCCAAGGCACGCCUAUGGAAGGUGUCGAACACCUUGGCCAAUACGUGUACGAGAUGACGCAAGCCAAGCUGAAAGCCAUGGGUGAAGAGGCUAUUGUCGUUGAGGACAUGGAUGUGACUCCUGAUGGGGACGUACUAGACGUAGAUGAGGACGAAGCUAUGCUAGGAACUGGUGAAGAAGAAAGGGUAGAACCUGACGAUGUGGACUCGUUGCACAAACAUGCAUUAUCAUAGUGGUGAUGUCGAUCGCCUUCCUGUUUCUCUUGUUUAAGAGGGGAAAAGAAGAGUAUCAGAGAUGAAGCGGGAUUUUGACAUUUAAUCAAUUGAUAUUAGAUCAGUUGGAUCAGGCACUGGGUUCUUUGGUGUAAUUUCGUUCAACUCCAUAAUACGUAGCGUAUAUGCUAGAAGCACCUUUGAGAAAUGGGUAGUAUAGU